ACGGAAACACACCCAAACUUACUCCUGUCAGUUCCAGCAGCCUGAUAUUUAUUUAAACACUAUUAUUUAUGUGGGCAUAUAUGCCCAAGUUACACCUACAAUACAAUAACACGGAUAGUUUAUUUUCAUCAACGCAGAUGUAGCUUUAAGCCGCAAUCAUAACUGAUGUAAUAUGGGUUUUAUAACUCUACGUAUGCGGAAGUAUAUGGAAUUAAGUACGAGACGAGCGUUAGUGUAUUAUGGCACAGUGGUUAGUGCACCUGCGACUGUGGCCCGGCGGUUACAGGUUCGUAACUCGCUGCUGUCACCGUUGUGUGCGUGUGUGUUCUUGUGCAAGACACUUAACGGUAAUUGCUACAACCCAGUGGUCGCUUAUGAAUUGUCUUAACUUUCAGCCAUAAAACUAAAAAAAAACACCCACAAGUUGCAUAUAUGUGGUAACACGUAAGUGGGCGCGAGCUCUAUGAAAUAGAUCACCGGUGUAAUAACGCCUCUGGUUGCCCCGCCAUGUGAGGAUAAAUAAGAUACAUUCAAUCAUUCCUUUAAACAAUGCAUAUCAAUUACUUGCUGGCACUUUCGCAACUCCGGAAAUCACGGCAUUACAUCACACACACAGGGCAUACACAUUGCCUUUUAAGUAGGAGACGCAUUUAACUGAAAUCCCAAUUAAUAAUACUAUACAUAAACACCCAAACACCGCUUUGCGAGGUGGUUGCCUUGUAUAGGCAAAUUCGAGAUAAUUUGUAAAGUGAUGUAACCAGCUUUCGUAGAAACUGUUUACCGAACGUUCCGGCAAUUCUUGGGAGACUAGAAUUGCCAACUAUGGAAUACAGUGGGACUCUUAAAUCAUCUCUAGACACGUACAGAACUGAGGCGGAAGAAGAAGCAAACUUUCAUUCUAAUCUUGCCCAAAGGUUUUCAGAAGAAGCAUCAAAGUUGAAUGAAUUUCACGGAAAGCAAAAAGAAGAGAGAAAGAAGCAUGAGGAUAUUGUGCACAGAACGCAUAAAAACAAAGCAGAGUUAUAUCGAAAGAUGAUGCAAUGCAAAUCCUCGUAUGAAAGCAAAUGCAAGUCAUCUGAAAAGGCUGAUUCUGAUGCAGAAAAGCUAAAGUUUGGUAAUAAACCAAAGGAAGCGGAAAAAGCAAAGAAGAAUGCAGCACAAUGCCGCAGCAGUGCACUGAAAGCUGAUGAAGAUUAUAAAUCAUCCAUUGGGUGUGUAGAAAGUGCAAGGCAGUUAUGGAUAACUGAGCAUUCUACUGCGUGUGAUGUUUUCCAACGAAUGGAGGAAGACAGGAUUAAGUGUAUGCGAAACACAGUAUGGGUGUGCUGCAACUUUGUGUCGGACGUUUGCUGCAAAUUAGACAACAGUCGAGAAAGAAUUCGACAAAUAACUGAAAACUGUGACCCUUCUUCAGAUAUUAAAGAAUUCAUUGCCCAGAAAUCGACAUGCAUCGCCCCGUUACAGCAAAUAGAGUAUGGUUCUGCACAGAACAACGCGAAUAGUGAUCCAGGUUUUGGAAGUAAAGUGAACGGACAUAUUUAUGAAAGUGAAGAUGAUUAUUCACCAACAAGCUCAAACGCUGGGUCGGUUACUUCACAAACUGUAUGCAGAGCAAUUUAUGACUACAAUCCUAACUCUGAGGAUGAGUUAGCGCUUCAAAAAGGCGAUCAAAUAUCUUUAAGAAGCUCAACAACGGCAGAUGAUGGCUGGAUGAAUGGAUACAAUCAUAGAACAAAAUGUGAAGGUUUAUUUCCACAAAAUUAUGUCAACUUUUAGCUAUUUAAAGAUCAUGUUUUGCAUGCUCCCUGCACUUCAAAUUGCCCAAUGUAGCCACUUAUGUUGUGUAUCUGCUCUGCCCCAUGUUUCUGCAAAAACUUGUCAGAAGCGCCACUGUUAAUGUGUGGGGUUAAUUUGUACAUUGCCAUUCCCCAACCAAUCUUUUGCAAUACUUGUUACCAGUUUGAACUUGCACAGGGAAAAAUUGAAUGGGUUAUACCAUCCCCAGUUUGAAGCAGUAUUCUUCAUUUGAUAUUUAUAUAUAGUAUUUUAGCAUUUGUUAUAUUGGCUCCAAUAACGCAAAGAUGACGUUCUACUUGCAAUACUCCAGUAUUUUUCUUCUUAUUAUAAUAUUACUUGUAAUUAAAAUGUACUCGUACUAUGGGUAAUGUUCACCAUGUGUUGUUUUUCUUACAGAAUUAUAAAGCUAUUUUAUGUUGAUAGUUCUAAUUUUGGCAAACAUGUUCCAGUACCAUGUUUUUCAACUUUUCAUGGUCCGUGCCACCUUUCAGAGACACUCAACACCCGUGGCCCCCUGCUACAUCAAUAAAAUAACCGAUCAUCAAUGAAAUAACAAUAAAAUACUAAGGUCCGCUUGUGGCUAAACACUCUGAAAAUGAAACAUUUGGCAUUGGUUGAGACACCAUGCCAUAGCCAUUAUAGCCAAUAUACAGUUCUUACUUUAUCCUAAGCAAUAACAAAGUAAUUGUAUUUGAAUAAUAUUUACAUACAAAACUUUAUUUGCAUGAAAACACAACAGUACAGAAUGAAAAUUGUCACAGUUGCGUAUAUGCAUGGCCUACCAACUCUGACUUUAAUUAAGCAACUUGAAUGCAUUGUCAGCUAAAUCGUGGCUUGAAUUGAUACAAGCCAUAAACUAGCGUAAACAAACGAGAAUGUUUCUCAUUAUAUUUUCAUACACGUAAUUGUGAAUAAAUAACAUUCACUGCA